AUGAUGCCCCUUUGUAUACAGUGCGGAGCGCGCUCACUUCUGUUGAGUUGCUUUGGUCUCUUUCUAGCCAUCACUGCAACUGCAGCAAGCACAGCGCUGGAGGGAACUCCUGUAGAUAUAUCAGAGGUACUCGCUGCAGUUCACGGGAAGAUGUUCAACUUCCAGUUUACGAGUGCAGAAAGCGUCAUAUUUACUGACUCACCCGCAACCUGCUUGACAAUUCAGUUUUUAUAUUCGGAAGAAGAAGCAAAUAGUUUUGCUGAAGUCUGGAUUUAUUAUAAAACGAACGACGGAAAAAGGCAUGUUGACACAAUACCGCUCAGGUUUACAGCGGAAACUGGAAAAGAACUAAGUUUUGAGAUUCUGGAAUCAUCCAAAAAUGGUCAUAUCUUCAAGCAAGCUAAAUUCCGAGCUUUUAGAUAUAAUUCUUGUUACAUCUUGAAGGCGUCAUUGAACGAUGAGUGCUUUAUCAUAGUUGUACCUACAAGCAGUGACAUAUCCAGGGCAAACCAAUGUGUGCCACAAAAAGAACUGGUCAAUUGUAAAUUUGAAAACUACGAAGUUUCCAAAGACCUUCAGUGCCUUGAAUACGAAGAGGUUUAUACGGCUCCUGAGGCUCCUGAGCCUCCCAACAGUGCUCCAAAGGUAGUCGAUGAAGCCACCGCACAAAGCUCCUCUGAUGACACGCCACUUGAUGAAAGACAUCAUCUGCUUCAAAGAUACCAAGAUUUCCCGAGGGGACUCUCGUACAGUACACUUCAAUUGGUGUACUCCUCAUUGGAAGAAGACCCGUCCCGAAUUUGCAUGUUCACGUACCGGCCGAAUGAAAACCCACCCGAGCACGGGAAGCUGCAUAUGCUUACAACGUACAACGAUCAGAAAGACUUCAUUGUUCAGGCGUUCCAUCCUAAAACCGCCGAUGGCCACAAAAUUGCGUACAAGGCACAAGCUCGGAUUUAUCGGAAUGGGACGUUUCACGACACGUGGGUGAUCUACACAGACAGAAAGCGGUGCACUCUACUCCGAACUCCGGGAUAUCACAACCUGUGCGAAUUAUUUACAGCUGGUCACCGUAUUAGUGGAAGCUUGAACAAUUACUGCUUUUUUAUUUACACUAUGUAUUGUAAGGAACCAGCGAAGAAAUUUACGAGUUUGGGCGACUGUUGGCCACCUGCAAGACAACCAAACCCUUAG